CCCUACACAACAAAAAGGGUUUCUCGCUUUCUUUCUCUUCCCCCACACCAUUUUUUCUCUCCCCCACAAAGAGAAUGAGCGUUUACCUCCCCUGUUCCUCUACCACCGAACACAAACAUCCCCCAAUCUCCCUCUGCUAACGUGCGCACCCCCCUCCCACUACUUUAUAAAACCUAGGGUUUCCUUUUCCCUCUUCUCUCUCUCUCUCUCUGUGUCAAACUUGGAGGACCACUUCGAUUCCGAUUCCGAUUCUGAAUUCAAAGAAAAAGAAGAUUGAAGAAGGUUCUGAAGUUCGAGUUGGGGUUAGGGUUUUUGAGAGAUGUGGGAUGCUUCAGGCAUUGAUGAAUCUGCUCUCUCUGUGCUGGAGGCCAUUCGGGCAGCACGACGGUGAGAGACUCGAUCAAAUCGGUGUGAUCGGAGCAACCAAUUUCGUCGGAAGAGAUGGAUUGCUUUGGUACCGCGAUAUCGGAAAGUACGCCACGGGAGAUUUCUCCCUGGCCGUCGUCCAAGCCAACCUCAUCCUCGAAGACCAUUUCCAGAUCGAGUCCGGUCAAUUCGGUACCUUCGUCGGCGUCUACGACGGUCACGGUGGCCCCGAGGCCGCUCGCUACGUCUGCGAUAACAUGUUCAAUCAUUUCCAAGCAACAUUAGCUGAGGCGAGGGGAGUUGUGACAGCUGAUACCAUCCAGAGAGCUUUCCUCCAAACGGAGGAAGGGUUUACUGCUCGUGUAUCGGAGUUAUGGAGUACUCAACCCAAUAUGGCAACUGUUGGGUCAUGCUGUCUGGUUGGAGUUAUAUUUCAGCGGACUCUUUUUGUGGCAAACCUUGGAGAUUCCCGUGUUGUGUUGGGCAAGAAAGUUGGCAACACUGGUGGAAUUGCUGCCAUACAGUUAUCAACAGAGCACAAUGCAAACUUUGAGGAUAUCAGGCAGGAGCUUAAGGAGUUACACCCUAAUGAUCCUCAAAUCGUUGUCCUUAAGCAUGGAGUUUGGAGAGUAAAAGGCAUUAUUCAGGUUUCAAGAUCUAUAGGCGAUGUAUAUAUGAAACAUGCCCAGUAUAACAAGGAACCAAUUAAUGCAAAAUUUAGACUUCCUGAGCCAAUGGACAUGCCAAUCAUGUCUGCCACCCCAACUAUUAUUUCGCAUCAACUCCAACCAAAUGAUUCUUUCCUUAUAUUUGCAUCAGAUGGUCUAUGGGAACACUUGAGCAAUGAAAAAGCUGUGGAUAUUGUCCACAGUCAUCCACGAGCAGUUCAUAAUUAAUCUUCCUUUAACUUGAUUUCUUGCUACAUUCAGCAUGCUCUCAACACAUGGAAGUGCUAAAAGGCUUGUCAAGGCUGCCCUACAAGAAGCGGCAAGAAAACGAGAAAUGAGAUAUUCAGAUCUUCGCAAAAUUGAUAAGAAGGUUCGACGCCAUUUUCAUGACGAUAUAACUGUUAUUGUUUUGUUCCUAAACGAUGACCUUAUAUCCAGAGGGAUGGUGCUAGAACCCCCACUCUCGAUCCGAAGCGUUCAUGAUCGCUGAUGAUUUAUGAAAGCAAAACAUAUUUCUGCUUCCUCUGAUUUUGGCUGACAUCCAUAAAACAGCACUACCAUCACAGAUAUGCUUUGAUGCAUGGCUUGAGAGCAGCACUGACAAAGCAGUUGCACUUCUGGGAUAAUUAUACUGAGAUUACUUAUCUGAAGAGGCUUAAAAUUUGUAUAAUGUUGUGAGAAAUAACUUUGAUUAUUACAAUUUCAUGUAAUACACUGAUAUAGUUUUAUUUCAUUGCAUGUUCCUUGUUUUCAAAUUACUAAACCCAAUUUUAGGCAGUUUUAGCUUGUCCAUUUGUAUUAUUAACAUUUUGUUAACAUUAUGGUUAAUAUAUCUGCCACUGGACGUGCAGAAACA